UAAAAUGUUUUCCGUCCACACUACGCCGGAGGAAUUUAAAAACGCAACAAAAAGCGGCCAUUUUCGAUUUGUGUUCUAAAAAACUCGGGCAGGGAAAUCCCAUAAUAAUCUUGAGAUCAUCGUUUCCAAACAGCUCCAUUUUCAAAAUGUUAUCUGUCCACACGAAAGCGAAAGCCGGUGUUUUCAAAUUCCUCCGGUGUAGUGUAUCAAACGGUUCAAACACCGUAACUGAUUCAGAACAUACGUUUUACAAAUAAACUGUGAACGCACUGCAUUUGUCACCUAAAUACGGAAUAAACUGGACCAUGCAACACAAACUCUUGCAGAAACAUCAUGUCAACUAGAGCGUCAGAUGGCAAAGACGAUGGAUGAUGCAUUUGUUCCUGAAUGCAAACAAGAUGGCAGCUACUCGGAUAUGCAGUGCUUUGAGCAUGAAGGAUUCGCUAAGCAGUGUUGGUGUGUGACCGGUGACGGCCAGGAAAUAAAAGGAACCCGGAUGUCAGAUGGACAGACACCCAACUGCACUACUGCUGUCAGAAAUGAGGAGAAACAUCACGAUGAAGGGCAGGAGCCCAUCACAAAAGAACCUGGGACACCGUUGAAACCACAACAUCAUGAUGAGCCAGUUCAACCACAACAAGAAUCACCACCUCAAAAACCGAAAACGAUGGAAGUUGAAAUACAAAUAAUACGAAACGGCACUAAAACAGGAAAUUCAAAAACCCAGUGUCAGAAAGAAAGAGACAUCGCUCUUUCUCCAUUCAUCACUGAUAUCUUUGUGCCUUUGUGCGACGCGGAAGGAAUGUUUGUUCCUCUUCAGUGUUUUGAGCACGAUGUUUACGGUAAACAAUGCUGGUGUGUGGAUUCGUCGGGACAGGAAAUCAAAGGAACGAGACUAGACAAUGGUACCGCCCCAGAAUGUGGUUUAGUUCACGCAAACGCUACAAAUGUACCGAGCUGUAAUCUGGGUCCUUAUGGCUGUUGCCAUGACAAUGUGACUUUCGCUAAAGGCCCGGAUAUGGAAGGCUGUCCACCACAGAAGUACCAGCACGCACUACCUGUAGCUUCCGCAGUAAAGCCACAGGAGCUUUCUCAAUGCCAAAAGGAUAAGGAGAAAGCAAAAAGUUCCGGCGCGGCUGAUAUAUUUGUACCCGAGUGCGAAAAAUCUGGGCUCUAUAAAGAGGUUCAGUGCUACAGUUACCCAGCCAGUGGAAAAACGGACUGCUGGUGUGUGAAUCAAACCAACGGCAGCGAGGUACCUGGGACGAGGGUCAAUAGACUGACGCCAAUUUGCAGAGCAAAUGCCACAAGCGCGCCACCUCAAACCACUCCAACCUCUCCCUCGUCAUCAUCGACACCUGCAGCUACCACGCAACCUACCCCACCCACCCCACCAAACUGUCAAGUUACCUUGUAUGGGUGUUGCCCUGACAACCAAACAGCAGCGACGGGAGCAAACCAACAAGGAUGUUCACAACAACAGCAACUGCAACCCCAACCUAAGCCGCAGCCGCAACCGAAGCCGAAACCUCAGCCGCAGCCGCAACCUCCAUCUCAACCUCAACCUCAACCUCAACCUCAUCCUAAACCUCAGCCGCAGCCGCAAGCGCAGCCGCAACCGCAACCGCAACCGCAACCACAGCCGCAGCCGAAACCGCAACCGCAGCCGCAGCAGAAACCGCAACCGCAGCCGCAACCUCCAUCUCAACUCCAACCUCAACCUCAGCCGCAACCGCAACCGCUGCCGCAGCCGCAGCAACCUGCACCACCCGUGCAUCACGUUUACUGUCAAGUUACUUUGUAUGGGUGUUGCCCUGACAACCGAACAGCGGCAGCGGGACCAAACCAACAGGGAUGUUCACAACAGCCUCAACCUCAACCUCAGCCGCAACCAAAGCCACAACCAAAGCCACAACCGAAACCAACACCACCCCGUCCAACGUUCCCUGUAGGUUUCACCAAAGACGCUUGUGUCUCAUUAUUGCUGGGUCAAGUAUGGUAUGAGCAACUAACAGACAAAUCCAAGCUCUAUCUCAAGCAACUCAACAAAGAGAUUGUCCAGGGGAUUAUCGGAAUUUACAAAGGAGUUCACCCGGACUUUGUGUCAACUCGUCUUACUGGUAUUAGGUAAGGAAACAUUUAUUGUUCUUCUUAGCUCCAGAUGUCUCUCUCCAGCAUUAAAUAAACAGCCGUUACCAAGCAGAGAUUGAGUUCAGUUUUGACGAGCAUCGAACAAAGUGAAAAAGAGCUGAGUUCCCGACCGGAAUCAAACCUUCACCGGUUAGCCGUGUUAUCAUUGUUAAACUUUCAAGCAUGGUGACACUGUUUUUAUUUCCAGGAAAACGAAGAAUCCCUAUAUGGCUAACGGACCUUAUAUCAUCGAACUAUUCUUUGUGAUAUCUUUUCGUAAACCUGUCGCGGAUCCACUGGCCACACUGAGAGAUCAUCUUGUGUCCAAGAAAACGAUACAUAGACGUCAAGUCAUCCCGCAAUCAUUACAUUUGAUAGGUAACUGCUCAAACUAUUUAUGAUUUUAAUUAAUAGGCCAAUUUAUGGUUGUGUUCUUAAUUACCUGGCAUAUGAAUGCAAGCGCGGCUAGAGGUGACCUUGCUUUGAUACAAACCUCUCUGCUUUCCAUAUUUAAAUGCAAACUAGUUAGCAUUAUAU